AUGCCGGCUUUUCUUGAACAGUCAAACCACAAGGUUGGGAAGAUGACGAAAGGGAUGUCGACUAGAAAGGGAGGCCCUGUGACUCUGAACUCGAUGAGCGACUUGCACAUCGUCAAGAUCCUCGUUGGCUCACAGCGUGAAGAGUUCUUAAUUCCGAGACGGCUCUUAGCUUCGUGCGAGUAUUUUCUUCCGCAGCUCAAUAUUACCCAUGACCAAAUCUACCCCGUCCUGCGCCUAGACAAUCAAUGCCCCAGCAUGUUUAGGCUUUUCGAAUGUUGGCUCUCCGAGCGAAAGAGUCUUAGCAGAUUCAUCGACACUGCCGAAACCGAGCAGUCUCGCGAAGAGCUGCACUGGGAUCUGGUCAAUCUACAACUCUUUGCCGCUAGCAUUGGCGAGGCUGCAUUGCAAGAUGUCGCAAUGGAUGCUCUGCAAGAUCUUUACCUGCGCUGCAACUGGGAAAUCGAUAUUGAACUUGUCGAGUUCGUCUAUACCGAAUGCGACCCAGAGACAAGCUAUUGCCUCCGAAACCUUCGUCGGUGGAUCGUGGCUAUGAUAGCCUGGGGAAUGGGCGAUGAGGAACACGGAGGAAUCCUAGAGACAAUGUUUGGCGAAUGCGCGGGCUUAAAAGAAGAGUACGACAAUCAUUUGACCAAAGUUGCUGCAAGUAAACUGGAUGUGGACCUCAAGAACCCCCAGCUUCGACUACCGUCAAACCACUUGAGGAACGAAGAGCGACAGUUUGGCUAUCGCCAGUGCUCAUUCCACACCCAUAGAUCAACAAUAGGCCAAGGACGCUGCCCGCAUGUCCACUCGCCUACACGCUCAGCGUACUCUCCACUGAGAGACGGGUAUGUCGAGUCUGAUUCAGAUCGUAGCGAGUCUAGGUUUGGCUCUCGCAAGGUUUCUCCUAUUGAGAUUACUUCUGCUCCCCGCAAAGGAGGUGUUUGA